CUAUCUCCUAUCUUAUUCAUUCCUUUUUUCCUUUCACCCAUCUCACUUGCAGUGUGACGUUGGCCUGCUUAUUAUUCUGUGUGCUGUGUUAGUUUGAAUGCGCACAUAGUAAUUGGCCCGUUCUGAACUUGUUCCCAUUAUUUCUUAUCUGUCAAUGCAAGAGCGUCCUCACACCACCAUGUCGUUGGUCGAACCCGAAACCAAAUCUCCACUAGACACUACCGAGACCAAGAAGACCACACCAUCUUCCACCAGCAUCUACAGUCGAUACAAACUACCAAGCGGUCCAAAAACAGACAGUCAUAACUCGUCACCCGAAUACAAGCGAAGUUUUACCUUGGACAGUCUCAGCUCUAUAGGCUCCUCCUCUGACAGUAUCAGUACUUGGAAAACACCGACGCCUUCCACGAGCACGCUCACCCCUUCGGCAGCCAUCCGUAACCAAUAUUAUCAAUCGCAUCAUUAUCUUCAAGACUACAGUAUUGGUUCCCACACCAACGAUAAUGCAUCAUCACGGAUUCCCAGCCCUCGGCAGCGAUUGUAUUCGCAAGACUCAUCAUCAGAUACCACCUCCCUAGAGGCGGGCGACGAUCUGAUCUAUCGAUCGAGUUCAGCAGCAUACGUGGCUCAAAAACCGUCCAACCCACCAAGUUUACAUAGUUUCAGUGAUGCCGGUUCGAUUAUUUCCUUGCGCACGGAGUACAACGAUUUGGAUGACGCUCGUUCGAUCUCCAGUAUUCAAACCGUCGGUGAUUUCAGGGGAAACGCUCAUCAGCGGUCAUCCCAUACAACGACUACCAAAGUUUCGCGUUCAGGCACCAUUUUUCGUUCAAAAACCGGUGCCGAACCCAAGAUCGUGGUCGAGGAUGGCAGUGGAUCCGACCAUCCACCACAUCAAUCCAGCGAUCGUGACAGUAUCCGCAGUACUAGUGGUGCCAGUCUUCUAUCCCGUUUAUCUCGAUCCACCGCUCCCAUGCGCGCCAAACUCUCCGCAAUGUCACGAACCGGCAAAAUGGAUCAAUUGAGACAUUUACGAGCCGAUACAUCGUUUUCCAUGUCGCUUCCAUUACGUCGUUCAGCUGAAAGCGUUUACAACAUGCCCGUCACCCCACGACGUUACGGCCAUCGUAUCCAGGGAGAACGAUCGCAGUCGUUUUCCUUUGGCAAUGAGACACCUGUCACCAUUGUUCCUGUCGCUACCAAGGAAACGUUACCCGUCAUCUAUCCUGCACUUUUAUCCAAAGUAGCUGAAGCGAUGAAAGAGCGAGUGACUGUAGCCACCCGAACCAAGGACAGUAUCAAGUACAAAGAGGCCUUUGACGGACGUGAAGCAGUGGACAAAUUGGCGCAGCUGAUCAAAACAAAGGAUCGUAACCUUGCUAUUCUGCUGGGUCGUGCGUUGGAUGCUCAAAAAUUCUUCCACGAUGUGAAUUACGAGCAUCGACUACGUGAUUCGCCAUCGGAAUUGUAUCAGUUUCGAGAGCAUAUCAAUGUACGUCCCCAGAGCCAGUUAUUGGCCUAUGAUGAGGAAACAUUGACACCGUACGAUGAUGAAGACCGCUCCGAAUUGAAAUUUCCCGUAUGCCGAAAAGACGACGACGAAGGUUUACCCAACGGCGUGUUCACCGUGCUCACCGAUUGCUACUCCCCGACAUGUACACGCGAUAAACUUUGCUACAGUGUGUUUUGUCCACGACGUCUUGAACAGCAAGCACGGCGUACGGCCGCCCGAAGCCAUCAGCGUUCGAACAGUCAAUGCUCAUUCACCGAGCAGGAUGAUCGUUUAUGGAUCAACAAUGUCCCUCGAGAGAUUUCAGAAAAACUGAGCCAUGCGGAACGAAAACGACAAGAAAAUAUUUUCGAGCUGAUUUACACUGAAAAGGAUUUUGUCGAUGAUUUAGCUUACCUCAACAAGUAUUGGAUCAAUCCAUUGCUAGAAGGCAAUAUGAUUCCCAGCGAACGUCGCCAGGAAUUUGUUCAUUCGCUGUUUUGGAAUAUCAUGGAAAUCCACAGUGUGAACUUGAAAUUAUUGGAGGCCUUGCAAAAGGCCCAAUCCAUGCAUCCGGUUGUCCACAAAGUGGGAUCUGUGAUGCUCAAUCACGUCGGUCAAUUCCAGCCUUUUGUGCAUUACGGCGCUCAUCAAAUGAUCAGUAAAUACAUAUUUGAAACUGAAAAAUCUACCAACCCAGAGUUUGCCAAGUUUGUGCAGACAACUGAACGACUUGCUCAAUCACGUAAACUGGAACUGAAUGGAUAUCUCACCAAGCCAACGACGCGUUUGGGACGGUAUAAUUUACUGUUGCGUGAAAUUUUGAAACAUACGCCACGGGAUCAUCCCGAUCAGACCGAUAUUCCAAAGGCGAUGAGUAUAAUCAGCGAAUUCCUCAGCAGUGUCAAUACUGAAACAGGCAAGGCGGAGAAUCGAUUCAAUCUUCAGUUGCUGGAAGAACGGCUCAUGUACAAAGGAUUGUCGGAUUUCGAUCUGGAUCUAGGCAGUGAAUCGCGCCAAAUUGUAAUGAAAGGCACUUUGAAAAAGAAGGGCAGUGGAUCUGAAUCCUCAGAUUUGACCGUCUUCUUAUUGGAUCACUGCUUGCUGGUGACCAAGCAAAAGUUUAUUCGCAAUGAGGAAAAGUACAAGCUGCAAAGAAAACCCAUCCCUUUACCGUUACUGUCCAUCUCGCUACCGGAUCAGACCAACAAGCGAGCAAGUACCAUUAUACCUUAUGGACGCCCCAGCACGGGUUCGACAUCUCUCAGUAGUCUGGAUAUCCCGCUUCAGCCGAGCGGCAAAACGGGCUACCCCAUUUCACUGGUUCAUUUAGGAAAACAAGGCACAGGCCCCAUUACACUUUAUGCCACCACCAUGGCCAGUCGUCGACAAUGGGUGGAAAAGAUUGAAACCCAACGCCAAGCCCUUGUUGACAAGCAAAAAGUGUUUGACGUCGUACCCAUCAGUGAAAAGUUCUUUAGUUCAUUCAACAAGGUCAACUGCAUCGCCACCUUUGACCAUGGGAAUCACUUGGUUCUCGGUAGUGACCAAGGCGUCUAUUUGAAGAAGAACAACCAAAAGGGGACGGAGCUCGUACGGAUUCUUGCCAUGGAAAAAGUGUCGCAGAUCGAUGUACUGGAAGGUCCCAAGUUGAUCCUUGUGCUUGCAGACAAGACGCUCUACACCUAUUCACUGGAAACGCUCUUGUCGCAUGAGUCCGGGAUUAAGCGAGGGCGUAAAAUUAGUAGCCACGUGUCGUUCUUCAAAGUGGGUAAGAUUCUUGACAAGAAUGAUCCGGAUAAGCCAACGGAAAAGACUUUGGUCUGUUUUGUGCGAUUUAAUGCCAUCACCUCUACGAUUCGUGCGCUUGAACCCUAUGAAAACACCGAUCCCAAGAAAAAAAGCAAACACAACUUUGGACGACUGAUUCGUGGAUCCAAUGAAGUGCUAAAAAUAUACAAGGACCUGUACAUACCAGGCGAAGCUUCAUCCCUUCAGUUCUUCAAAAACAUCAUUUGUGUCGGCAGCGCGCGCGGAUUUCAAAUGGUGAACAUCAGUUCGGCCGAAGUCCAGAGUGUGUUGGACCCUACGGAUGACCAAAACAAGAGUGUAUUGCAGCGCGAAAGCCUAAAACCGAUCUCCAUGUUUCGACAUCGAGACGGAAAUAUCCUUCUCUGUUAUAACGAAAUGGCGUUUUACAUUGACAAGAAGGGUCGACGCGUACGAGACGAUUGGGCCAUUUACUGGGAAGGUAGCCCGUCCGCUUUUGCUUUCCGGUUCCCGUACAUUGUUGCUUUCAAUGCCAAUUUCAUUGAAGUGCGCCACAUAAACACGGGUGACUUGGUUCAGGUGAUACCCGGCAAUGAUAUCCGCUGUCUUCGACCGGAUUCCAAUGAUACAAUUCACGGAGUCAUGGACGAUCGUGUGGCUGGAACGGAAGUGAUUUUUGAACUUAAGCUGGUCGAUAAUAGCCUUACCACCGCCAUUCUACAGUAAUUUCUCAAGUAAUUUAUUUUCCACUUGCCAGUUUGCCUCUUUUUUUUUUUAUACAGUUGUCUAUCAUGUCGCUCUCUCCUAUACUCCCUUAUUUUUUUAUUUGUUGUAAGCAUGUAUUUUUCAUCCAUUGUUAUGUAGGAUCCUCUCCGACUUCCCCUCGUUUUGUUCUAAAACCUCUUUUUGCUUUAAUCCUUAUCUCUUAGUCCGUUUCAAAGUGGCCAACAGUCGAGGCUUGGUAGCCCACAGUCAACCAUUAGAUUAUAAGAUAUCAUGAACAGAUACCUAUGUCGCCCAUUGAUUCACUCAAUC